AUGACACUGAGUCACCGAUGGGGCAACUCACCAAGCAUUAUACUCAACGCAAAGACGGCGCCGACUCUUUUGAACAGCAACAUCUCCCCAGAGCUACUCGAAUCUUCCAACGCAAAGCUCUUCAGGCAUGCAAUGUACGUCACCAGGUGUCUGGGAAUUCGACAUCUCUGGAUAGACUCGAUGUGCAUCAUGCAAGAUGACGACUCCGAGAAGGCAAAAGAGAUUGCUCUAAUGGGGGAAAUUUAUUACAACUCCUCGCUCAACAUAUCGGCUACUGAUUCCACGAGCGGAGCUGACGGGCUAAUAUUCAGCAGAGACGUCUUGAAGACUUCUUCAUGUCAGUUUAGUGUGCAUCUUCCUGAAGCCAAUCAAAGGCUUGAUCUAGUUGCUUUCCACAAUAAAGUGCUGGUCGAAUCAGACCAAGGUGAAUUGAACAGGCGAGGAUGGGUCUUGCAAGAGCGAAUAUUGUCACCCAGAGUGCUUCAUUUCACUAGACAUCAGGUAUUCUGGGAAUGCAAUUCUCUCUUGGCAUCGGAUAUCCGACCCGAGGGGGAGCCUAUAGAUCCGGCCUCCGCUGGCGAUAUGAGAGGCAUAUUGAGUGCCUCUUCUUCAGCUGCUUUACCAGAUGAUACGAUGAAGGCUCUUUGGUACGAUGUCGUGCGCCAAUAUUCUGCGACAUCUUUGAGCUUCGUCGGAGAUCGGCUACUUGCAAUAUCCGCCCUUGCUGAAAGGUAUUCCAUCGUCAGUUUGCAGUCGCCAGAUGAAUACGUCGCAGGCAUAUGGAUGUCGCAUCUCCCGCUGGCUCUAGUCUGGCGCAGGAUCCCCCAGAUAGAAACCCCAUCGAUGGCGUUGCAAAAUACGGAACAGGAACAAAUCGCACCAACAUGGUCAUGGGCUGCCUUGACGUGUGCCGUUGAGUCAGCCGACAUGAACAACCUACACCCGAACAUAGCAGUGGUGGAGGUGGGCGGUAUUCAGCGAAGAUCUGCUAGUCAAUUCGAUGGAGUCACAAGUUGUUGGCUACGUGUUCGAGGCCAGAUGUGCAAAGUUGAGCAGGGCGUUGAAGCUGCCAGCAUCGAAAUGGCUUGGGAUAAGCCCGCGGCAGACGACGGGGGCGGUGCUCCCAGAUUAUUCUUGCUGUACGUUGCCUAUCGCUCCUUUAAAAGUCGAAGGGACAUGAGAGGCUUGGUACUUCAAAGAACGAAGAAGAGAGGCCGGUAUAUUCGAGUGGGCGCGUUCUCAACGAGCAACUUUGACAUUCAAGGGACGUAUAUAGGAGAGGCAUUCACGGGAAACACACAUAAUCUCGAAGAGGAUGAUUUCUUGGAGUUUACAAAGAGUCAAGGAUACACUAUCGAGAUGAUAUAG